CUGAUGUUUAUUUAUACGCCUUGAUAAGAAGAUUAUUUCACGACAUGAACCACAUUGUAAGAGUAUACAAAUCUUUCAUACUACAGAAAAUACUACAGAAAUAGUUGAAAUAAAACUGAUCUUUUCCAAAAAAUAACUGACUGUUAGAAGACUGUCUGCUUAAUAUCUUCUAACACUUUGCUUUGAUGGGUCCACAACAUACCGAUUAUGAGAAAUUUGGCAAAUAUGUGUAUUCUACUAACCCUAAACUUAUCCUAACUUACCCCUUACUCUGAGAGUUAGUAGACAUGUAGUUGCAAAUUAAUCAGGACUAGUUGACAUGUAGUUACUAAGUAACUUAUAGUUGGCAGAAUGCCUAAAGUGAACUAUCAAAAUAAAUUGCAACCAAGAAAAAUUACAGCCAUAAGCAAUUUAUGAUAACAUAACGACAAUGUAUAUAUGACUGUUUAUAGGCAUGAUUUUUUUUUUGUUAGCUACGCUGUUCGUUUUCUAAAGUAAGCAUUUGUUGAAUAUACAUGUAUUCAUCUGGCAGAUGCUUUUAUCCAAACGUAUAUUAUACAGCUUUUACAGGUUAAAUAAAAAUAAAUUACAGUAUUUUUGAAAACGUCCCCCAUGCGACAGCAGACGGCCUCCCUUAUAUAAAGCCUGGUGGUGCUCCAUGAGCUCAUUCAGGUGCGGAGAGUCAGAGGAGAGAGGAGCGUCUUCUGCUCAGAUUCGCGCAAAGACCGCGCUUUAAAGCAGGAAUAAAGAGUUUACGCGCAUGACGAUCACACUCUGCACCCGUGGGAUGACUUUUAUGAACGCACUUGUGCAGCACAUGGAAUUUUAUAGUAAUCGUAUGGGCGCGUAAAGCCGUGCCAUGCAGGGGAACAGCAGCGCGUUGGCACCGGGUUUGGCGGCGUGCGGACCGGCGCUGGACGAGGGCGAUGCGCUGUCGAACCGGACCGCUCUCCACAACCUGUCUCUCCGCUGCUGGCUGCAGCUGCUCUCCAAAGAAUCCGCGCCGGAGCUCUACGGCGACAGCUCGAGCAUGGCCAUGCGCGUCGUGAUCGCUCUCGUCUAUCUUAUCGUGUGCGCUCUGGGGCUCGUCGGGAACCUGUUGGCGCUUUACCUGCUCCAGUCUCGCCACAGACUCAAGCAGUCGUCCAUCAACUGUUUCGUCAUGAGUCUAGCCGUGACGGACCUGCAGUUCGUCCUGACUCUUCCGUUCUGGGCCGUGGACACCGCGUUGGACUUCAGGUGGCCGUUUGGAAAGGUCAUGUGCAAGAUCAUCAGCUCGGUCACCACUAUGAACAUGUACGCGAGCGUGUUCUUCCUCACGGCCAUGAGCGUUGCGCGCUACUGCUCCUUGUCCUCGUCCCUGCGGAUGCAAAGUCCCAAAACGGCCUCGGCAGAGGUCAAGUGGGCCAGUUUGGGAAUCUGGAUCGUGUCCGUGGUGGCCACCAUCCCUCACGCGGUUUACUCCACCACGGCGCAGGUGUCCGACGACGAGCUGUGCCUCGUGCGCUUCUCGGAUUCCGGUAGCUGGGACCCGCAGCUGCUUCUGGGUCUGUAUCAAACCCAAAAGGUGCUCCUGGGCUUCGUGAUUCCGCUGGUCAUCAUCUGCGUUUGUUACCUGCUCCUGCUGCGCUUCGUUUUGCGGCGGCGCGUCAGCGGGAUUCCCGGCUCGGAGAGCGAGAGAGGACGGCACAAGCGCCGAUCCAAAGUCACCAGAUCGGUCACCAUCGUGGUUCUGUCGUUCUUUCUGUGCUGGCUGCCCAACCAGGCUCUGACCCUGUGGGGGGUGCUCAUCAAAUUCGACCUGGUGCCGUUCAGCAACGCGUUUUACAACGCGCAGGCCUACGCGUUCCCCAUCACCGUGUGCCUGGCGCACACAAACAGCUGCCUGAAUCCGGUGCUGUACUGUCUGAUCCGCCAGGAGUACCGCACCGGCCUCAAGAAACUGCUAUUUAGAGCCACUCCGUCCAUCCGGAACCUGGCCAAGCUCGUGUACCGGGGGAAAAAGGUGGCGGAGGCUCCACCUGCGGUGUCCGUGGUGCAGAUGGAGAUCGGGAUGUGACGCGUUAUCCGCGAGGAAAAACUCCGUGACUCGUUUCGACUUUAAAAUACAUCUCUGCGUACCUCUGCGACGCGGAUUGGCAAACAUCAGACAUCGCUGAAACAGAAUUGCACUGCGCGUAUAAUACAUGUGCAUUACUAGACAAAAGUUUGGACGCACUUGGACUCAAAAACUUCAAGUUAACGGAAACAUUUCUUAAGCGAGGGUAAAAAAGUCUUAUGGUGAAAAAAUGACUCAAAAUGCAAUUAAUUUAUGUAAUGUAUUUUCAUUUAAUGACUGAACUGAAGCAGAUAUUAAUGUAAAAGCAUUAUUGCCCUUCUUUAAUUCACACACUUCUAUUUUAUCGACUCUUUUCAUAGACGUGAUUGCACAUUUCCACAGUUGUUAUUGUAAAUCAUUUUUUUAUUUUAUUUUAAAUGUAGCUUUAUCAUAUCGCAUAUUGUGUCACAUCAACUACAAUAACUUAUUUUCUGAGGGCACCAAAAAUGUGGGGUUCUUUAUUGUAAAACGCUGGCAACAGUUAUUAUGAGAAAUUACAAAGUGUGUCCAAACUCUCGACUGCUAAUGUGACGUGAGACAGUGAUAGAUUCUAUCAUUGUUGUUAAAACCAUCCCAAACAUCUCAAGCAACCGACGUCUCCAUGUAUACGCAGCGUUUCCAAGAGCUGAGCUUCGGGGUUGGAAAUCGAGCAUUUAUUCUGUCUUUUUGGGAAAAUAUCGAAUGAGCUUUGCGGACCUUCAGAGGAAAAAGCCACGAGGAGAGAAACUGUCUAAACUGUCCUUGAAACAUUUGAACAGUGGAGUUUGUUUAUCAUCGCUGAAUGAAUGCUGCUGAAUGCGGUCUAAACACAAUCAUCCACACAAUGACUCUCUUUAAGGAAAUUUGAAAGCGAUGUGUCAUUUUCAAGGAGAAAUGGUUCGCUUUGCUGAACUGUAUAUGACUCGUUGUAAAUAAAAAAAAAAGUUUCAAAACAAA